AUGCAAUGUAAUUAAAAAUGUUUAGCUUAACCAGGCCAAACCUUAAUCGACAUUGCUAUUCUCAAUAAUUGUAAUGUGUGGAAAUUGAAAAAAGCUAAUAAAUUAGAACAUUGUCAUUUGAUUCCUGGUUAAGAAGUUUUAUUGUAAUAUGAUAAUAAGCGCAUUAUAUAACGCGAUUUGCUUAAAUCCAUAAAUAUAUCAAUACCUAUCCUAUAUAUGUGGGAUAGAGAUCAUAUACAUGGAAAUUUGUAAAUCUGUUAUGAUUAUUUGAUUUUUACAGUUAAUUCAAAGAAAUUAAGUAAGGAAUAAAAAGGUAAGGAAGAUCAUUUAAACUUUUCUAUAUAUGUAAAUGAGAUUUACAAAAUAAUAUUCAAUCCAAUAGCUGAAUUAAUGUAAAUUAUUAUAUGGGGUAUUUGUGGUAAUCGAGUACCUGAAAAUCAAAAGAAACUUCUAAUUGAAUUAAAAGCUAUAAAAGGAGAAACAAAAACAGUGAAGACAUUUGUUAGAGAAUUGUGGUAAAUGAAAGGAAAGAGCAAAAGAAUGAUAACUAUGGAAGCAUUUACAUAUUUAAUACAAUAACUUUAAUAUGAACAUGAAUAAUAUAUUGGAGACUCUUUCAAUAUAAGAGUGAAAAAAGGGGAAACAAAUUUAGAAUGUUUAAGUAGUGUUUAUAAUUUCAAUUAUGUUGAAAUAAAUGAAAAGAAUGGAUCAAUGGAAGUUUGUAAGGCUAGAUAAUAAUAAUAACCAAAAGAGUAGGCUAAGGUUAGUUUGAGUGAAGAGAGUAGAAUAAUUUCUAUGAAAUAAGUAUUAGAAAUAGCAGGUGGUAUGCCAUCUUAUUUGUAAACUAAACCAUGGUUCUUAUUAUUUUCUAUAAAUAGACAUGGUAAAUGAAUGUUAAUAUGUAGGUAGUUCUUAUUAAGAAUUUUUGAGGAGAACAGAAUAUGCUGGUCCUCAUGUAAUUCUCAUUAAGGAUUAAGGUAAGAAAGUAUUUGGAGGAUUCUUAUUGAGUUCUUGGAGAUUAUCUAAGAAUGAAUUUUUUGGUUAAGGAGAAUCAUUUUUGUUUAUUUGUCUAUAUAAUCAUACUAGGAUAUUCAAAGGAACUCAAAAAAAUAGAUGUUAUCAGAUGGCUGAUGAGACUGGAUUUAGUAUUGGAGCAGGAGAUAAGUAAAAUAAAUUUAUUAUAGUAACAUAGAUAUGGUUUAUUUGUAAGCAGUUCAUUUAGUAAAGGGGAAUCUAAUCCAAGUGAAACAUUUGAUAAUGAAGUAUUGUCUAGUGAAGUUUAGUUCUAAAUCUAAGAAUUUGAGGUUUGGGGAUUGGAUGAGGAAGCAGUGCAUUAAUUAAAAUUUUAAGAUUAGAAAAGAUCAUUAUUUACAAAAUGAAUAUUAUUAAGUUAAAUGAAUAAAUAAUAAUGUUGUUAAUAGUGUGAAAGCAAUGAAAAUGUUUUGAUUUGUGUUAAAUGUUCAUAAGGCUUAUGUGAUGAAUGUUUCUAAUAGUUUGGUGGGAAGGAUUUUGAAGCAUUAUGUCCAGUUUGCUAAAUGCUUAGUGUUUUUAGGUAAUCAUAGGUGGAGAUCUGUGAGGCUUGUGCAGACAUUCAUGAGAGUGAAUAAGAGGAAAUGGAAUGUCUAUUUAAAUCAAUGAACUUAAUGAAGGAUAAGAUGAAUCAACUAUUUUUAGUUGGAUAAUAAAGGAUUAAGAGAAUAGAAUAAUUGAAAUAAUAAAUAUAAAUAAAUGAAAAUGAAAUUAAUAUGUUGAAAGCAUAGGCCUAGAUUUUAUGA